AUGAAGAAAUUCCUAGGACGGAAGGAUAAGAGUCCCAAACCCCCAACCGACAACCCGUAUGCCCAAGAACCGGCCAAUGAUCCCUAUACUGCCUACCCGAAUGCCGCCCCCAAGUCUCAGGUCAGACCGCCUGGCGGAUUGCCUGCUGGGCCAGGUGGUGGGCUCCCGAGCGGACCACGUGGGGGUUUGCCUAGCGGUCCAGCACGCGGAAACUCGAUGAACUCGGUGAACUCGAUGAGCUCGACCAGCACAGCUCCUCCUCCAUACCAAUCGCAGCAGCAGCCUCCACAACAGUCGUCGGGCUAUGGCAACGACCGCUACGGGGCCUCAGGCGGCUACGGUUCUUCCAACCGGUACGGCAACGAUAACGGCGGCGGCGGCGGUGGUGGUGGUGGUGGUGGAUACGACUCCUCGGCUAGUCGCCGCGGCCCCGGUGGCUAUGGUGGUCUUGGCCGGACCGACACUAUGGACGACCAGGCAGGCAAGGAGGCCCUUUUUGGCGGGGGCAGGGAGCGAGUGCAGAAUGCGCCCCGCGGUCCUAAUGGGAAUGCUGGUGGCUAUGGUGCUUCGGCGGGCGGCUAUGGAGCAGGCAACCAGGGCUCUACCGGGAACAAAUACGGAGGCUACGGCGAGGAGCGAGAGCUUACCGAAGAGGAACGCAUCAAGCUCGAAGAGCGCGACCUCGCGAGGCAAAUCGACCAGGAGAGAGAUGCUACUGUGGAUACGGGACACAGAAUCUUGGGCAUCAUCAACAGCACCAUCGAGACGGCCACUGGCACAAUGCAAAACAUGGCACAGCAGGACGAGCGACUGCGCAACACGGAGCGCAAUCUGGACCUGGCCAGGAUUCACAACCGGACUGCAGAGGAGCGAACCAAGGAGCUGAAGCACUACAACCGUAGUUUGUGGAACCCAGGGAACCCCUUCAUGUCCAAGUCUAAGCAGGAACAACGCGAGCGGAAGCAUCUUGAGAACACCCAGAGAGACCGAGAGCUUCGUGAAGCCACACGCACGGACGCAUACGAAUCGCAGGCUCAGUACGAGCGCGACCUCAAGGACAUCGAGUCGAAUAUGGCCAACCGCCGAGCCCUUGGUCUGUCUUCAUCGGAGAAGGCGGCGAGCAACAACAAGUUUGUGUUUGACGAGUCGGAUGAGGAGGACGACAACCCUGAGAACAUGGCCCUGCGCGCCGACCGCCGGGCGAAGGAGGACGAGAUUAACAACAACAUCAUGCCGCAGAUGGAAGCGGGUGUGGCCACGCUUAACAGAAUUGCACGAAACUUUGCGCCGCGCAUUGAGGAAUCCAACCAGCUCAUCGGCAGGCUUCAGACGAAGCGCAAAAAGGACAAAUCCGGGCCAGCAAUCAGGCUCCCGGGCAACAAGAUCAUAUCGUUGGAUGGAUUCCUCAAUGGUGUGCCCAAGCCAAAGCAGGCAGAGACUAAAGAGGCCCAAGGGGCGGAGAAGGAAGUGAGGGAUGAGGACGAUGAACCAGGAAGGAAAAAUAAGGACGUUGUUUCAGAAACAAAGGUUCAGAAGGAUGAUGGCGGGGACUCAUCACUACGCACCUCGGCUCGCAAAAAGUCCGCGAACGCACGCGCAGCAACUUCAAAGCCCGUCCAGGCGAAAGGCGACCCCACGCUUUUGCCCCUACGAAAGGCGUUGCCGAUAUGGCAACACCAGGACGCCAUCCGAGACCAUCUGCGGAAGCACGACGUUCUCAUCCUAGUCGGUGAGACUGGCUCGGGCAAAAGUACGCAGGUUCCGCAGUUCCUGGCAGACGAGGAAUGGUGCAGACCGAGGCAGGUCACCAUGACGCUCCCCAACGGCAGGAAGGAGCAGCGCAAGGUCGGUGGCAUGAUCGCCGUCACGCAGCCGCGUCGAGUCGCCGCAACGACGCUGGCGCACCGCGUGGCUAGGGAGGCUGGAACCCCUCUGCGGCCCAGCGGCACGCCCGGUGCGAACCCUGGCGCGGCCGAAGGACUCGUCGGAUACUCGGUUCGUUUCGACCACAAUGUUCCCAAGGGGACCAAGAUCAAAUUUUUGACCGAGGGUAUGCUGCUGCAAGAGCUCCUGCAUGACCCGAGUCUUCGGCAAUAUAGCGCUGUCGUCGUCGAUGAGGUCCACGAGCGAGGUAUUGACGUCGAUCUGUUGUGCGGUUUCUUGAAGCAGAUGCUGCUGUCUCCCGACAAGCCUGGGCGCGGUGGCGUGCCUCUCAAGGUUGUGGCGAUGAGUGCCACAGCCAACAUCGAGACCUUGGAGAAUUUCUUCUCCAUCCCUAAGGAUGACCCCAAGGUCCAGGCUGAGUCGGACACAAAAGCUGCACAAACCCUCAAGAUCGAAGGCCGACAAUUCCCAGUCGAGAUCAUACACUCGCCCAAACCAGUGCCAGUACUGGCGGAUGAAGUUGUGAAGACUGUGUUCAAAAUCCACUGCGGCGAGCCCCUACCUGGAGACAUCCUCGUAUUCCUUUACGGCCAAGAGCCUAUAGAAGAAAUCCAGAGGCUCGUCGAAGAGUAUGCUGCGACGCUGGCUUCGGAUGUGCCCAAAAUCAAGGCCCUUCCGCUGUUCGGUCAGCUGUCGAUGGAGGCACAACAUGCCGCAUUCAGGCCCCUCAAGGGGCGUGUAAGAAAGGUCGUGCUGGCCACAAACAUUGCCGAGACGUCAGUUACCGUCCCCGGCGUGCGCUACGUCAUAGAUACUGGCAAGUCGAAGAUGAAGCAGUACAGAGCAAGCCUCGGACUUGAGUCGCUCCUCGUGGAUGCCAUUUCCAAAUCAUCCGCAAUCCAGAGGACUGGUCGUGCAGGUCGUGAGGCGCCGGGAAAGUGUUAUCGACUUUAUACGGAGGAGGUGUACAAGGAAAUGCGGGACGCGGAUUUGCCAGAGAUCCUGAGGAACAAUGUGCGUGAGGCCGCGCUCAUCAUGAUGGCACGCGGCGUGGAUGACCUCCUUACCUUUCCAUUGAUGGACACACCCAAGAUCUCACGCCUGGAGAAAGCCAUGGUGCAACUUAACAUAUUGGGCGCCAUCGACGACGAGGGGGCUAUCACUGAACUGGGCAAGAAGAUGGCACGGCUGCCCGUAGCAGCGCCGCUUGGGCGCGUGCUUUUGGCUGCCGCCAGUCCAGCGUACGACUGUCUUCUGGAAGUCAUCGACAUCAUCUCGUGCAUCAGCGGCGGAGACAAUGUAUUCCACCAGUUACAAUCCGAGGAGGCGCGCGAGGAGGUAGAGGAGUACCGACGAGAGCUGCGGCGGCGGGAGGGCGACCUCAUGGUAUACCUCACGACGAUGCAGAUGUACACGGCAGAAAACAGCGACCGGACCGAGUGGUGCAAGAAGCGCAAGAUCAACCUGCGCACGAUGCGCCAGGCUCUCAACAUCAGGCGGCAGCUGCGGUCCCUAUGCGUGUCUGAGGGCAUGCUCACGGAGAAGCCGCCGCCCGAUCCGCAGCCUUUCGUGCCGCUGUCUCCUGAGGCCGCCGAGACCAUCACCAAGUGCUUCAUGAAGGGAUUCUGCACGAGCACGGCCAUGCUCGCCCCGGACCUGAGCUACGUGACGUCGCAGGGCAAACACGUCGUUUCCAUACAUCCGUCCAGCAGCCUGCAUGGGCAGAAGAAGGAGGCUAUCAUGUUUUUGGAGCAUGUUUUCACGCAAAAGAGCUACGCAAAGAAGGUGGCUGUGAUACAAUCGGUGUGGAUUCCAGAGGUGCUCGAAGGAAAAUGGUGA